AUGGAUGUUCAUAAUGCUUUUCUUCAUGGAGAUUUGGAGGAAGAAAUUUAUAUGAAAAUACCACCUGGUUUUCAGAAACAUAAUUCGGACAAGGUGAAAGAUCUGGGAGCUCUAAAGUACUUUUUAGGGCUGGAGGUGGCUCGUAGUAGUUAUGGGUUCUAUGUUUGUCAGAGAAAAUAUGCCUUGGAUAUAAUUUCCGAGACUGGGUUGUUGGGUGCAAAGCCUGCGGAUUUUCCAAUGGAGCAAAAUCAUAAAUUAACAUUGGAAGACGGGGCAGAUUUUGCAGAUGGUGAGAAGUAUGGGCGUUUGAUUGGACAUCUGAUCUAUUUGGCAGUAACAAGACCUGAUUUGGCAUACUCGGUUCAUAUUCUGUCACAGUUCAUGCAGUCACAAAAAGAGGAGCAUUGGGAGGCGUCUUUGCGAGUAGUGCGCUACUUGAAAAAGUGCCCCGGACAAGGUAUUCUCCUUCGUUCUGAUAGUGCUUUACAGUUGGAGGGGUGGUGUGAUUCAGAUUGGACGAGUUGUCCAUUAAAUCGUCGCUCCUUGACAGGUUGGUUUGUGUUGCUUGGUAUGUCUUUAGUGUCUUGGAAAACCAAGAAACAACAUAUUUUUUCGCGUUCGUCAGCAGAAGAAAAAUAUCGUUCGAUGGCCGCAUUGACGUGUGAAUUGAAGUGGUUAAAGCAACUAUUACGGGAUUUGGAAGUGCCGCAUAAGCAAGGUAUGAGCAUAUUCUGUAAUUGA